AAAUAGUAAGAGAUGACGUUUAAGAAAAAAAUUACUCAACCAAGAAAUUUCUCUAUCAUUAAAAGAUAAUGAGAAUUUUUGUAUUCUAAUAAAAAAUUUAUACAGACCACGUUUCCUGUUAUACAAUUUCAUAUUAUCACUCUUUCAUGUUAUCAUUAUUUCACUUAUCUUCAAAAUAGACUCGACCUAGAACUAUCAGUUAAGUUGUUAUCAGUUGAUUAAUUUGUAUCUAUAAUAAAUAUGAUUCCAACCGAAUGUCACAAAUCUGCUUAAUUUUCUAGUUUAUCAACACGAAUAGUCAGAGAAUUUGGCUUAUUCAGAAAGUUCGAUCGGUAGGAUUGUAAUAGUGAAAGAGGAGUGGAGCAAUUUAGAGAGAAUUAAUUAACUUAUUGAAUAGGCUAAUGAACGAAUUUUAAUUACCGAUUAGAAUAUGUUGUUCGGGUGCUUCUUUGUGAAAAUAUUUAUUGCUAUUUACUCAGUUUUGAAAAGUAUUUCCUGGCUUAGGCUAAUCGUAUGGACGCUACCGUAUAUAAUAAAAAUUUGGUGUUGGACAUCAAGAAUAAUUGCAUUAAUCGGUAUUUAUGUAUUCCAGAAGAUUGUGGUGGUUCAAUUAUACGUGAUCAAGUUACUAGUGCAUUAUAGAAUUUUAUGUUGGAAAACAGUAAUUUUUGUCAUACUCGUUUGUUGGUUCGUUUUUACCAUUCAAAAUAUUUCAGUAAGCUAUUUUUCAUUGUGUAGUAUUUCUCUAUAUUAAAAGUAUCUAUAACUAGAGAUCAAUUGAUCAAAACCCAAUAUUCAAUUUCGAAAGUUCCUGGGAAUAAGCUCAAAUUUGAAAGGGUUUUAAAGGGUAAGUGACAAUUAUUAAAAAUAAAUAAGAAUAUCCAAUAUUCAAAUUUCUAUUAAAAUUUCUGUUCUGCAUUGUGACUAGUGCCAAAAUAAGGCAAAAUAAAAUGAAGACAAGCAUCACAGACUAUAAUGUAAUCCUCUCUCUAGUUUCACUGAGCGGAACAAGAUUUGAUGAAGACGAAAAUACUUUUCAUCCCGGAAUGGACUUCUGGAAGAAAAAGCAGACUAAAAGGUACAUAGAGGCACAAGAAGACUGAAGACCGUAACAAAAGUCCCUAGAAAAUGUUCGUUUGGCGCAACAGAGUGAAAUAAAUGAAAAGUAAACAUGAAUCUCGACAUACAGUAACGUUAGAAAAUAUUCUAACGAAUUUCUCGAUUAUCACGCGCAAUUAACACGAAACUAAACGACCCUGUUUAUGUUAUCAAGUAUGUCAAACGUGCCGAACGACCUGGAGGAAAUCGUGCAAAAGCACUAAUACGAGACGAGAGCCAUUCUCAGCCCGUCAUCGUCAGCGGAAGUAAAUGGAAUAAAAAAAGUCUAUGAAAUGUUACCGGUAACGGUUGGUGCAAUUUUUUGCAAUUUUUCUUGUACGUGAAAGGCGGUUAUUAAAUCUAAAAAAAAAUUCGGAACGUUAAUGAUUUUGAGAAAUGGAACGAAAAAAGCUGAUGGUAUCCUUGACCAUGGGCGAAUAAAAGGACUGUACGUGGAUUUUAUUUGUUUCGUCCAGAGCUAAUAGAAAUCUCAAUGGGAUUUUAUUUACAAUAUACGUAUGUAUUGCUACGAUGGUUUUCCUUUCUGUUUACACUCCUGGGCACGUGAUUGACGUAAAGGCGCACCCCUAUGGUGCACUUUAUUCCCUGUUCAAUUCCUCGAUUUCUUGGACCGCGUCCUUUUUCCACCCUUGGGAAGACCAAGAAACGUCAUAAAUAGGAUGGCGGUAGGUUAGACCAUGGCAUUCAUUCGGCGACCACCUGAGGAAUUGCUACAGAGCUACAGAUCAAAAAGUGACGGUUCCAACAGAAUGCGCCAUCUACUCUUAGCCGCAGCCCUUCUAUACAGCGUGAUAGCAGAAUUCGAGGGUGAAAAAUCGCAUAGGACGUCGAACGUCGAGACGCAAUCAUGGCUGAAAAAAUUUCUUCCUUGGAGGAAUAUAGAUCAUAAUUUUUUACCAUCAACCAUCGUAAUGAACAGGUCAGGAAUCGAUCCGACCGACCUUCCGGUGAUCCAAAUGAAAAAUCUUCAGGAUCUACGUAAGGUCACGAGAUAUCGAUCAUCGAUAAUGGAAGAACAACCGAUCUUUAUAAUCAUGUACGAAUAUCAGGAAUUGAUAGACGAUCGAUUAGAAUCUGGCAGAAUCCGUCGUGAAAAUCAUGGCUGGACCGUCCAGGAGCCAUUUUAUGUCAAGGAACCCAGCUGGAUCGCGAUAGAUGAAAAUGGAAAGGUGUUAGGAAAAGUGUCAGAGGAUAAUGAUCCUUUCUUCGUGACACGUGGAAAAAAAAUACUCAAUAUAAAAGAAAAGCAAAAUACAAAAGGAACAAGGUAUUAUAAUAACGUGCGGAAUCAAAAAUAUUCUCGUGGGACGAAUAACGAGGAUACAAAAAAAAAUGUUGAAACAGGAUCAGGAUAUUGGAAUCCUGAAAUGUAUUUUAUAGCUAGAGAACUUAACGAGAAUCAAAAAUAUCCUGAAUUCUUAAAAAAUGUAUUAAAGGAUUUAGAAAAAUCAUUGUACAAGAAAAAUUGGAAAAAUUUGAAGGACGACCUCAUGCCCAAAAAUUUAAACGAGAGAUCAUCGAUCUCCUCUAAAAUCUCCUUGACGAAAACUGACACCAAGGAGGAAUAUCCGAGAGGUCCUGCAGAACAUUUACAGCACGAAGGUGUUAUGAACAUGUUGGAGAAAGAGAGACGAAAGAGAGACGUAAACUCAAAAAAGACGUUCAGGAACGAUCAAAAGGAUUUUUACGAUGAAAAGAAUAAUUUUGAAAAACGAACUAAUUAUAAACUCAAAAAUGAGGAUUUGCGUGAGAUUAUAAAAAAUGCCAUUCUUGAGCAAGGAUAUCGUGUCAAUUUCAAGGAUCUGAGCCUCCUGCAGCCACGAAAUAAACAUUCGAAUAACCUUGAUAUUUUUGACGAGCCAUUUUUUAUUUCGCGUGGGAAAAAAAAAAUUCAAAAUUAUCCCGAACCCCGACAAAAUAUUCAGGAUUUAUCCGAGGACGCUGUAAGUGGCGAAGCGAGCGAAGAAUUUGCCCAGAGUAUAUCGGCCUGUGAAUAUCUUUUAAAGAUUUUUGGAAAUUCCAAAUUCUGUCAAGAUCCACCGGAUAAGAGAUCAGAAGAAAAAACGCCGAGAAAUCGUCGCGGGAUGCUGGAUGAAAUUUUAACGAGUUACGAUCCCUUUUACGUAGCUCGGGGUAAGAGAACCUCGUCACAAGUAUCCGGAAACCCAUGGGAAAGAGGAAUUUUUGAAAAACUAUAAAGAAGCACUGAUACGGACACCGUCAAGUUUUUUGAAAACGGUAGAGCCAACUGAUCAAACGCGAGUGAUGAUCUACUAAAGAAAUUAAUCGAGACUAGCUCGGCAUAUGGUAAUUAGUAUUACCAGUAAUAUAGUUGAGAAAUAAGAAAUAAAUAUAUAUACAUAUAAAUAAACGUAAAAAAUUGAAAUUUUAGUUAUAGAAUG